AUGCAACCAAAUAGCUUUGAAUUACCUAUUAGUCAUGCUUUACACGGUGGAUAUAAGCAUCCUGCUUGCAGAAAUUGGGUAAAAUAAACACUUUCUGCUAAUAACCUCGUAUAUCCUGUCUUUGUUUUAGAUGAACCUGAUGCUGAAUAAGAAAUUAAAACUAUGCCAGGAAUUAAACGUUUUGGAUAUAAAAAAAUUGUUGAUCACUUAAAACCUUUAGUUAAAAAGGGUUUGUAAUCAAUUAUUAUUUUUGGUAUUUUGAGUGAUGAUAAUAAGAAAGACGAAAGAGGUUCUCAUGCUGGUGGAAAUGGAAUCAAGGGACCUACAAACUUAGCUUUAGAAGAAAUAAAAAAGGAAAUUCCAGAACUUCUUUUGAUAGUUGAUGUUUGUCUUUGCGCAUUCACUAGUCAUGGUCACUGUGGUUUAUUAAAUUGUGAAGGAUAUAUUGAUAAUGCUGCAUCUCUUAAAAGAUUGGUAGAAGUAAGUAUUUCUUAUGUAUAAAGUGGAGCUUAAGUUAUUGCUCCUUCUGAUAUGAUGGAUGGUAGAAUUGGAGCUAUUAAACAAGAAUUAAUAAGAUAGAAUCUUGAAAUUCCUGUUAUGUCAUAUGCUGCUAAAUUUGCUUCUAGUUAUUAUGGUCCUUUUAGAGAUGCAUGCAAGUCUGCUCCAGGUAAAUCUGAUAGACAAGCUUAUUAGCUACCUCUUGAUUCUACUUAAUUGGCUUUAAAAGCAGUUUAAAGAGACUUAGAGGAAGGUGCAGAUUAUAUCAUGGUAAAGCCUAUCACUACUUAUUUAGAUAUAGUUAAAGAAAUAAAGCAAAGAUUUAAUCCUAUUAUGGCUUGCUAUCAUGUCAGUGGUGAGUAUGCUAUGGUCUGUUUUGCCGCUUAGAAUGGAGCUUGUGACAAGAAAAAGGUUGUAUUAGAGACUAUGAGAUCAUUCAGAAGAGCAGGAAUUGAUAUAAUUAUUACUUACUUUACUCCAGAGCUUUUAGAUUGGGUAAAAGAAGAAUUUUGA